AUGAGCGGUUCAGAGAAAGGCGGCAUGGCCACUGCACCUCCGAUCGCAGCAAGUACUGGGCUUGCACACACCACAUAUGGUGAUUCGGCCUUCGAGCCGCACCCAGAAUUCGAUUUCGACGCUUCUGAAGAGGACCUCCGCAACAUGCAGCGUAGCAUUACUUCGCUAGACAUGUUCGACCAGAAUGGUAACCCUCAAUUCCAAGAUCCUGAUGCCCAGAGUGCCCAAGACCUUUCUGCUUUUGACUUUCCAGUCGGCUCUGCUGCCUUCCCACCGGACAUGAGCUCCAUGGACCCGACCAAUAUGUACGCAAACGUCAGUAGACCAGGAACCAUGUUCACGCCCAUGAAUCCAAGCGCACCCUUCCCAACCUCCAAUCAGAGCGAGAUUGUCAGCGCUCGCAGCGGUAGUGCCGUCGAGCGAUACGGCCAGGUAACACCGCCAGACAACACGUCCGUAGCUUUUGAUGGACAGAAGCAACAAAAUGUUGGCGCGCCAGCCACCAAGGGCGCAAAGCUGAACAAGUCAGAAAGAGCGAGGAAUGCUGCGAACCAGAGACACUCAAAAGCAAGGAUCGAGCGAGAGGCAAAGGUGGCCAAGAUCAAGGCAGGAUCGGAAGAGCCAUCCGGGGACAGCAGCGCAGAGAUAGGUGACAAGCGCGAUAAGUACCGCGAGAAGAAUCGCUUGGCUGCGGCCAAGUGUAGGGCGAAGAAGAAGGAGAGUGUCGGCGGUCUCGAGGUCCAGAAUCGAGAGAUGGGCAGGGUCAACAGACAGCUGAAGGAAGAGGAGCGAAGAUUGCGAGACGAGUUGAGCAUGUUGCGGACAGAAGCGCUGCAGCAUGCUCCAGGAGCCGCGGGUUGCAUGUGCGGCGAUCUGCACCAGUACAAUCGCAACAAGGCCAGCCAGGUCGUGUACGGCUUGCAUGGGCCCAUGAUCUCAUCGCCAUUGGAAGACAUGAUGUCGAAUGCCACAUCGCCUGAGGCGUUUGGACCGAUGUCGAGGCACAAUUCCAUGCCAGGACCUCACGUGCACAUGGCGGGCCAGUUACUCCACCAAGAACGACCACAGUCCUUCUCCGGUCCCAGUGGUUUCGGUUUUGUUCCAAUGAACAAUGUCGAGGCCCUUAGUGACCAGCAGAGCUUUGCGAACUUUCUCCACAAUCCGGCUGACGGACGAGCUGGCUUCUCAUGA